GUUGUCAACACUGUUCCCUCCAAGCAGAAAUGUCAAAAUGGCGUCAACGCAGGACGCUUGGUAUAUUUCUUUACUUGGUUUAGCAGAACAUUUCCGUACAUCAAAUCCUCCUGACAUAAAAAGUUGUAUACAGUGUUUACAAGCGGUAUUUAAUUUUAAACCACCCCAAAGGGUCGAGGCCAGAACUCACUUACAACUCGGAAAUAUUCUUUUGACACACACUAAAAACAUUGACUUGGCGAGAACGCAUUUAGAGCAAAGUUGGUUCCUAUCACAAAGUAUCAAUGCGUUUGAUGAUGUAAAGUUCGAGGCGGCGAGCGUACUUGCUGAGUUAUUUGAGCAGCAGGGCCAGCCAACUCAUUCAAAACCAAUUCUAAGGAAGGCCAUUGAGUUAUCGCAAAAGAGCGUGUAUUGGCACUGCAGAUUAAUUUUUCAACUUGCGCAAAUCCAUGCAACAGAACGGGAAUAUGAAGUUGCAAGCAGUCUGUUGGCAGUUGGGGUGGAUUAUGCACAGAUUGCAAAUGCAGCAUAUACCAGAGUACUGUUUUUAUUAAGUAGAGUUAUGUUGUUGUUAAUAGACAAAAAGAUACAAGAAGUGUUGCCAUUGUUGAAUCAAGCUGGACAUCUUGUGGAAUCAUGGACGGGAAGUCCACAUCAGAAGGAGUACCUCAAAGUGUUCUUCCUUGUUUUACAGGUGUGCCACUAUCUAAUGGCAGGCCAGGUGAAGAGUGUGAAGCCAUGCUUGAAGCAGUUGCAGCAGAGCAUCCAGACCAUCAUGGCGCCAACGUGGCCAGAUGAUGAUGCGGUUUGCGGCAGCGCGGCCGGUGAGUCGUUCGUGUGGAUGUCGCGGCAGCAGUUAUAUGUGCUGGUGUACCUCGUCACAGUGAUGCACUCCGCGCAGGCUGGGUACAUGGAUAAAGCGCACAAGUAUACUGAAAAGGCACUUGCACAGAUUGACAAGCUUACAUCGAGUGGUUGUGAGGAGGGUAAGAGCGGGGGCGCUCGGAGCGGUGCUGUGCUGGCGUGGCGGUUGCGCAUGGCUCUGGUGGAGCACUCUGCGCUCUGCCGGCUAGUCACCGGAGGCAAGGCUAAUGCGCUGCACGAGAUAGCUCGCGCCGCACAUCUUCUAGCAGUUGCACCUACACCGGGCAGCGCGGCGGCGCACACUCCGCAAUUGCACUGUCUGCUGGGCUUGUACGCGAUGUCAAUGAACUGCAUGGAGGCCGCAGAGUCGCAGUUCCACACCGCUAUACAAAUGUCACAAGAAAGGGACUUAUGGAUGUUUGCGAAACUCAACCUGGCUAUUGUAUACCUCCGAGGUCGGAGGGACAAUGAUUUGGCACAGCUAAUGGAACAGGUGCGACCGGAGGCAUUGCCUGCGUACGCGCAUGGCCUUCGGGCGGCCUCGUACUACGUGCUGGGACUGCAGGCGUUCUUUCAAGCAAGAUAUAAUGAGGCAAAACGAUACCUUCGUGAGACUCUAAAGAUGGCGAAUGCUGAGGACUUGAACCGUCUGACGUCAUGCUCACUCGUUCUGCUCGGUCACAUUUUCUUGUCUAUAAACAACUCGCGUGAGAGCAUGAACAUGGUCACCCCAGCAAUGCAGCUCGCCAGCAAAAUACCUGAUGUCCAUGUGCAGCUCUGGGCUUCUGCUAUACUUAAAGACUUAUAUCGGCUGGCUGGCGACACUGAGCGUGAGAACGAGGCGUACCAGAUGCACUGCAACUACUCGCAAGCGCUGCUCAAGGACCACUUCCAGGCGACGCAGCUGCCGCAGCACGUUCUGGUGCAGUGGACGAGCGGCCCACCGCCCGCCCUGCCGCCAUCGCUGCCGCCGCCCGCCGCCCUCUCCAACCCCACAUAGUGUCCGGAACACUCACCUGCCCAUGACACCGAGUCCUGGUCCGGUGAGAUGUAACGCGGCAAUGCGUUUUGCAGACUAACAGUGCUCUUGUGUCAGUGUCAGUGAUAUUUCAAAGUAAUCAGUGCACCCAUAUGUCAAUGGAUUAAUCCAUUGAAGUAACCAAACCUAGUGGCGGCAACACUCAACUGAUGAGAUGUAAUACAGCUGUGGUAAACCCAUUGGACUAAUAGUGCUCCUGUGUUAGUGAAAUAUUGGAGUAAUCAAUGCACCCAAGUGUCAGUGAUAGUGAAAAUUAUUGUGCAAUCAGAAAAUUCUUUACUUCUAUAGUACAUGCACCAUAAGAGCAAACAGGAGAGCAUCGGAAGUGUAGUGGACCCAUGUUAAUGUGUAGUUAUGAUGAGACUGGGUCAUGUGAGUUGUUGUAAACCCCUAUAGUACAUACAGAGUGUUAAUGUCACAACUGAAUGUGUAUAUUCCUUUUGCUAUGUAAAAUUAUUGAGGUAAUGAAGUGUUUAAUGUAAUAGAAUAUGUGUAUAUUCGUAAAAAAUGAUUUAAUUCUAUUAAUACAUUGUCUUCAGUUUGGAAAGGGAUCUCGAAAAUGUAUCAAGUAUUAUAGAUCUAUAAUGUUGCAAUGCUUUACCUUGAAAUUCCAUUAAUUUUUGUCUAACAUACAAAAGGAUGAUGUUUUUCUAUGAAUAUAAACUUUAACAUUUUUGAGCUUGGCGAGUGUCUUGUAAUGACUCCACCUGUUCAAAGUUACUGGAAUACACUUAAUAAGACAAUAGACCAUCAAUCUAACCUGGUGGCCAUGAAUCAAAAUAAAUUAUGACAGCUUAAUGGCACCUUAACUGGUGAGAUGUCAUAAUUUAGUUUGACUUAACCAGUUUUAAUAGCUUUGAUGGACUAUAUUUCCAAUUAUGCUGUUCCAAAAUGACACUUGGCAAUUACUAUAGACAAAUUUUACAACAAAUUUUACUAUAGAAUAUUGCUACUACAAUAUAGCAAAUUUCUUCAGAAAUAUUGUAAUUUGGUGAAAUCUGUGAAAUUUUAAUCACACACACUAAUUAUUAAAUUUAAAUCUUCAUUUGGAGACAUUUAUUUUGCUGUCUUUUAUAAAAUCAACUUUUAAAGGCA